AUGGGGAGCCAGGUGUCCAGCUCACCGGACCCUACGCAAACCAGCUGUUGCAGCGCCGCGAGCACGCGGACACAAGCGCUCGACGACCCGAUUGAGAAAGAAUUCGUCCCGAAAAAAAUGAUGACCUCGAAUAGACCGCGGGAUACUCUAUCACUUCCUUCAUCGUCAUCGAAAGCGUCGUCGUCGUCGGCCACUGGCUCCGUCACGGCAGGCGACUCGCUGCAUCUCCUCUACAAGGAGCUAUCCUCGGUGGUGGACCGCGAGCCAGCGCAGCCAGGAAAUGCAGAGGGGGAGACGAAUGAUGGUUCAAUUCUCUGCGACCCUAGGGCGACGAUAUCGGGCAACACGGCGACCAAUGUCAUGAUUGUCAAGACGAUACGCGCAGCGAUGGCCGAGAUACGGCGGCCGUGA